AACAGACCGCCCUCCGUGUCUCUAUCUCACUGUCGAAGCAGUCAGUCAGUGUUUCUUUUCCAGCUUCUGUUCUGUGGAGGAAAUUCAAACUGUCCUCCGGGUCUCUUACUCACUGUAGAAACAGACAGACAGUGUUUCUGCUCCAGCUUCUGGUCUGUGGAGGAAAUUCAAGACUGUUUUCAUGUCAGCUGACAUCAGUUGUAGCCCAGAAGCAGGACUGAAGGCUGUUCCUAAGAUGGACAUGGAAGAUCAGUGGGAUGUCAUUACAAAAGAAGAACUACUCCAAAUUCAAGAAGAAAUGGAGAAAAGUCCUGAUAAAGGACUUGCAAAGAUCAAUGAGUAUUUGGAGAAGCAGAACAACACUCCACUGAACAUCGCCAUCACUGGAGAAUCUGGCUCUGGAAAAUCCACCUUCAUUAAUGCUUUCAGAGGCAUUAAUGACAGCGAUGAAGGAGCCGCCCCGACUGGACCUGUUGAAACCACCGUAGUGGUCGAAUCGUAUCCUCAUCCGAACCAUCCCAAUGUCACAUUGUGGGAUCUCCCUGGUGUUGGAACCCCCAACUUCCCAGCUGAUGAGUACUUGGAGAAGGUUGGAUUUGAGAGGUUUGACUUCUUCAUCAUCAUCGCAGCCUUUCGCUUUAAAGAAAACGAUGUGAAACUCGCUCUGGAGAUCAAGAGGAUGGGGAAAAAGUUCUACUUUCUUCGUUCAAAGAUCGACAGUGAUAUAAGCAACGAGGAAAGACGAAAGAAAAAUUUCAACAGACAGAAGACUCUCGACGACAUCAGAGAAAACUGCAUUCAAGGUCUUCGUGAUCAAGGCAUUGACGAUCCACAGGUCUUCCUGGUGUCCAGCUUUGAGCUCCACCAGUUUGAUUUCCAUUUGCUGGAGGAGACAUUAGAGAGAGAGCUUCCUGCACACAAGAGGAACGCUUUUCUCUACGCUCUGCCCAAUAUCAGCAAGGAGAUCAUCAAGAAGAAGAAGGAAGCUUACCAAGCACAAAUCAAGUAUCACGCUGCCGUGUCUUCAGUUGGAGCAGCUGUGCCGGUCCCUGGACUUUCCACUGCUGUUGAUCUGGCCUUGGUGGUGGGCGUUGUCACACAAUAUGUGAACGGGUUCGGGCUUGAUAAGGAGUCACUGGAGAGGCUUUCUGUCUCCUCAGGUGUGCCAUACUCUGAACUUGUUUCUGUCAUGACUUCAAAACUGGGAGGAACAACAAUCACCCCAGAGCUCAUCAAGAAGGUGUUGAGCCAACUUGCGCUGGAAGCAGUAUUAAUGGUUGCAGAGGAAGUAUCCAGAUUCUUCCUUUUUAUUGGGAUUCCAGUUGCCAUGUGCCUCUCUGGUUAUGCCACUUCCAGAAUUCUGAAUUUUUUUCUCGACCAGGUUGCGGAAGAUGCUCAGAGAGUGUUUGAAAAGGCCGUUGAAAAAAACAGUGAAGUGUGAUUCUGUGACACAUCUCAGAGUGGUGUGCACUCAAGUUAAUCUGAGCAGAUAGGAGUUAAAUAUGAGCGUAAAACAAGAGUGUGAUCUGAAUAUCUGGAUAAACUACAUGCAAAGAUAAGGGCUACUCAUUUAUAAUAACAAGGAUUAGUGAAUUAGUUUCAUGUUAAAUUUCAACACUUUUGUUGACGCACAUGAUGACAUUCGUUGAAACAUCUGAACCAGCAUAAUCAAUAGAUGUCUUCAGGUUAUAGUGUGAUAUAAUGUGGAGGGAUUAUAGACUAAAACGAUAUAAAUGACAAUCUCCUCUUAUAAUUAUGUGACCUUUGUUAGUCCUUUGAGGUUGAUUUGUUUUACUGGAUCAUUAUGAUGUGUGUAUAUUAUUAGUCUUCACUGACCUGUCGUGAUCAUUUUGAGAAUGUACAACCUUUCUUUGUGUAUAUCCCGUUGAAAUCUGUAAGCAGUCAUGUAACAAUUUUUGUUAUAGCUAAUGUUAUCAGUUUGGUUUGAAGAGACAGUGAUGUGUAUGCUUGGGUCUUCAGAUGGUUUAUUAUUGUUGGUAUGUGGGCACAUUGAGGGUCCAUAACUUCAGUCUUUCAGAUUUUGAUUAUUUCUGUCAAUUAUCAAUGAACAGCGUUCAAACAUCUUUUUACCCAAUAAUGAAAGUCAAGCAAUAAUAAUAAUGCCCAUUUUUGAUUGAAAUAUUUUUUUAAGCGAGCUUCUUUAUUUUAUUAUAAAAUCAUUUGUAACAAGGACAUAUAUUUUACUAUACAUUAAUAAAGGCACCUUUGCUGUCAUCUUUC